AGCAGAUAUUGCCGAGAAGCAUGCAUGCUUCCUGCACAUAUAUCAUCUCUUUCCAAUCCGACCGUUUUUCGCCAUUGCCGCCGACGCCGUUUCGUCCCUGGAAGCUCUCCCUGGUCACCAAGCUCCAGCAGGUUAGCCUGUCUUGUGGUUGUUGAGGCUUGAGGGGAGCUUGGCGCCAUGGGGGGCGGGAAGGACAGCCACGAUCCCUCGAACGCGGACAAGGGAUUCCACGGAGGGUACCCCGGUGGCUACGGCCAGUACCCCGCCGGCUACCCUGUUCCACCGGGCGGCGCAUACCCUCCCGGCCCCGGACAAGGGUACCCGGUGCCACCUGGUGGGUACCCGCCUCCGGGUGGCUACCCUCAGCCUGGAGGGUAUCCGCCGUCGCACGGCGGCGCGUACCCUCCUGGUGCCGGCGCGUAUCCUCCUGGUGCAGGCGCGUACCCUCCCAGCGGAUACCCCCAUCAACCGGUCUACCCACAGGCUGGUUAUCCUGGUCACUGUCCACCGAUGGCUGGUCAUGGUGCUAUGUACGGAGGAGGCCAUGGUGCAGGGGGUUCUGGAGGCUUCGGGGCGAUGAUGGCCGGAGGUGCCGCCGCCGCAGCGGCGGCGUAUGGAGCUCACAAGGUGUCCCACGGAGGCGGCCACGGGAUGUAUGGCCACGGCCACGCCCACGGCAAGUUCAAGCAUGGCAAGUUCAAGCACGGCAAGUUUGGCAAGCACAAGAACAAGAAGAUGUUCGGCCGCAAGUGGAAGUGAUGAAUGAACGGGAUAGAUGAAACUAGUAGUAUAAACCACAGCUACCGCAAUUGACGGCUCAAUUAGAUUCUUGACCGGCAGAGACAUAUAUUGAAGCCCAGCCGGUUAUGCAUAAUUCCCUAAUCUUUGUACGGAUGUUGGCAGUCUGAAUUUAAGCAUCGAAUGCGUGCGUGUUUGGUGCAAAAGCGUGUACUUGGUGUCUUCGCCCUGGCAGCAGACUCUACCGACCAUUAAGAACACCAGAGCCUCUGCUCAUCCGCGCAAAGUGAGCAUUAAGGGAGUAAUAAUGAAAGGGGGUUAGAGUUGUCUCUUCUUAAAGACUCUUGUUUAGACCCGACCCAAAACAGGAAAUCCAUGGGUCGUGAAGCUCAUUCUAUAAAGCUGUUGAGGAUCGUUUUCAUUAUCAAUCCUCUUCCAUUACGGUCAAUGGAGCAGGCUCAUUAUGACA